CCCCAAACACGAUGGGCCGCUUUAUCGAGGAGUGGGGCAUUUAUCCUGUGGGAUAGACCAUCCUACUCGCCCCUCCCUGAAACACGCCCCUAUCAGGAAGCUCGAUUUCCAGGAGCAUCUUGAUUGCAGUGUCGAAAUAGAUUUCGUGAAUGAUAUGUUAACUCUGGCGUAAAAUGUUUUUCUGUUGUUAUGGUACUCAGUGGCUGUGUUGUGCUUAAAUGAUAACGGUUGCUUGUGAUUUAUGCUUUGAUGGGUGACCUUAGUGAUGCUGCACAAAAAUAUGACAGAAGGUUCUGAUGAUGAAAUAGAAGUACCAACUAAACAAAUUUGCGUAGACGAACAAUCCAUGGAAAGAACGAUGGUUCCUCCCAGGGUAGAAUCUGAAAGUAUCGAAUAUUGUCCAAGCGAAAACUACAGAAAUAAAUCCGAUCAAAUUGAAACAGCGAAAAAGACACCAGAAUUCUAUAACGAUAAUCAGUUAGAGUUUAAAAGAAAAGUAAGCGAGAGUACCAACGAAAACAACACGUAUCUAUUUCUUCCUAGUGAAUUAGAAGUAAAAGAAACGGGAGUUUUUACUACAUCACACGUUCCUAAAGGUGUACGAUAUGGACCAUUUCAAGGUGUCUGGGCAUCUACAACACAAGACGUCCGGUUUGCUUGGCAGGUCAUUGCACGAGAUGGCAGUAGGGGUUGGUUAGAUGGAUCGCGGAGUUUUCAAAACUGGUUAAAACUCAUAAGAAGCAGUUCAGUGAAAGAGGAAACAAAUAUGAAAUAUUAUCUGCAGAAUGGCCAGCUUUGGUACGAGACAUUUAAAGAUAUGCCAAGUGGGACCGAGUUGAUCCUAGUACCAAAGGAAGCACUGCUUCUUCAGGAUAUGGCGGAUUAUAUUUCAGCGGAUGAAAGAUCAGACAGAGAAACCGCUUCCCAACAUAGUGGUACUAUAGACGAAGGGGAAGAGGAGGAAGAUAUUAACGUAGUGCGAUGUUAUGCUUGCGACGAGAUCUACAAUGACGUUGAAAAAUUGGACGAGCAUGUUAUAACAAACCAUAACCAUAGACGUGAUGAACAUCAAUGCGACUACUGUUCAAAGGCAUUUUCUUACCGACCGUUGUUGUUUAAACACUUGGCUAUCAAGCACGGUCAAAUUAAAAGAUAUCAUUGCGAAAACUGUACUAAGGUUUUUACUGAUCCUAGUAAUUUGCAGCGCCACAUCAGAACCCACCACGCCGGAGCUAGGUCUCAUGCCUGUCCAGAAUGCGGGAAAACAUUUUCUUCGUCUUCUGGCUUGAAGCAACAUCAACAUAUCCACUCUUCUCACAAGCCUUUUCAAUGUGAAGUCUGCUUAAAGUCUUACACGCAAUUUUCGAAUCUUUGCCGUCACAAACGGAUGCACUCAAGUUGUCGAAUGAAGAUCAGAUGCGCCAAAUGCAGAAAAUCGUUUCCUACACUUACAUCGUUAUCCAAGCACAAACGGUUCUGUGAUUCAACUACACUACCACCUUUUCCUAGUCGACCUCAUCCUUUGAUAAUGAAUCAACCGAUGGCUGGCAAUAAUGGUUUUCCUUUUUACCGACCAAUUGGCUGUCCGAUACCGUUUUUUGCACCACAGUUAUCAUUUUUUCCUUCUACACCACUCAUACCACCUUUGUUGUUCAACCAAAUACCCAAAAUUGAAGAUGAACAUCUUCAAAAAAGGGUUAAAUUAUCACCUAAACCCGAGAGAUGUUCGCCAGAUAUGGAAAGAGUAAAAACUGAGAUGAGUCCUCCAAAAGGAAUUGAAGCUACUGGCUCGUCUUCACCUAGUAGGCCACAAAGCUAUUUACCUAAGGAUCAAUUUAGUUUAUCAUUCCCAUCGUUUCCCUCUAAGAGAGAAUUUGAAGAAGAUAAUAUGAAACCCUUAAUGAAUUCGUUACAUUCGAAUAUAAAAACCGAACCCUAUUGUAAAACAGAACCUUCUACAUUAGCAGGAUUUGUACCCAAACCUCAAUUUCCAAUGUAUACACCCAAACGAGAAUUCAAACGAGAAUUUGAAGAGAAUACUAAGAAAUCAUCCGAAUCUACAUCUACAACCGAAGAAACUAAUGAUCAGCCAUUAGAUCUGAGUGGAUGGAAACCAAAUAGUCAGGUUAUAGUAAGUGGUGAAGAAGAGCAACAAGUACCUCAUACAGAAGAAGAAAAUGUUGAUGUACUAGACGUAAUCGACGACAAUAACAUAUCGCCGCCUCAAAAUGUUUCAGUCACACCUCCUAUGGCAUAUCCAAGGCCUAUUCACCCCAUGAUGCCAGAUAUUUGUAGAAAUUUUCCAUAUGGUUUCCCAUCUCCAGCCAACGACAAACUGCUUCCUUUUUCAUUUCCACCUCAUAGGUUUCCGUUUCUCAACGGUCUUCAACCUCAAAGAAUGGAAAUGAUACGAUCGACGGUUAAACCAUUUCAAGAUGUUAUGCAACAAUAUACACAAAGCAAGGUGAAAGACAGGUACACUUGUACGUACUGUGGAAAAGUUUUUCCCAGAUCAGCAAAUCUGACUCGUCACCUCAGAACACACACCGGUGAACAACCCUACAAGUGUAAUUACUGUGAAAGAUCCUUUAGUAUAUCGAGUAAUCUACAAAGACAUGUACGGAAUAUUCAUAAUAAAGAAAAGCCUUUUAAGUGUCCGCUUUGCGAGAGAUGUUUUGGACAACAGACGAAUUUGGACAGACAUCUUAAGAAACACGAAGCCGAUGAAGGAAACGGUGGUGUUACGCUGGCCGAUUCUCCUGGCAGCAGCAAUGAAAAUGACAGAGAAGACGCCUACUUUGACGACAUCCGAUCUUUUAUGGGCAAAGUCAGUGGUUCCGAUUACUACAACAAUAUCAACAAUAUAAGGGAGUUCGUUUCUCCUUCAAACAACAACAUCGAUGUUGUCAAAGAAGACAACAACGACGAAUCUGCUUCUGAAGGAGGUGAGGACUAUUUAACGUCAAAGUUAAACUUUGACACUAAGUGCAAGCAAGAUAAAGAAGAACUACUUAAUAAUAACGACCAAACUGUAGAAGUAUCGACUUAGUAUCUCAUUUGUACAAAAAUUUAUAAAUUUAUAUAUAUAUUUCCAUGUUUAUUAGAAUUUGUAUCACACGGAUUAGUAAUUGUGUAAUAUCAUGUACUGUAAACGGGUAAAACCUGUUUAAAUUGUUUAUAAAAGGGUGAAUAUUUGUUGUAAUAGGUUUGCAAAGCAAAUUUUUUUCGUAAUGAACAUUGACAAGAUGUCGAAGGUAAGAUCACAAAAGCAAUAGUCUUGUUUAACAAUUGAUUUAUAACCGAAACUAAUUAUUUUUCAAUACUUCAAAAAUAUUGACAAACGUAUGACAUUAAUUUUAAUGUCAAUUUGCCUUUUAAGGUGAAUUACUUUAAAAAGUUUAUUAUUACAAUUUCAGAAGAGAUUUGGCUUUCAACUUGUAAAAAAUUUUUUAAAAAGGCAUACGACAUCAUUCCACAUACGAACUUUGGGAGACUCUGAACAAAAUGAACGUAAUCUUAAACCUAAUAAAAUUAGUACAAAAUGAACAACUUUUUUCUUCUAAACUCUUCUAGAGUUGUUGGCUUGGCGAUUAUAUUGACCCAUUUGAUUCUAUUCAUAGUAAUUCGAAAUUGAUCAGUUGACGUUAGACCAGUCCACUUCCUAGGAUUGGCCAGCCAGGAUAUACGCCUACGUCCAGGACCUCGAUUUUUGACCCUUCGCUUCGUUAUCGAACGUAUUCGCUUUUUCCCCCGCCCACAAUUUCAACUUUAAAGUGGAGGGUAAGUAGAACCUAAAUCCAAAUUUUCAUGCAAUUCGGAGUUGCCCCUGAAAAUUACACGGUAUCGCCGAAUAGAUAGGGAAUGAUCGAUAACGAAGCAUAGGGUCAAAAAUCGAGGUCCUGGACCUCUCUUGCCCUCAAUCUUGCCGUUUAAAAUCAACUAUAGAAGUCGGUAUAGAAAAUCAGCUUAUAAAAUACCUAUCAAUAGUUCGGACGAAGGUAAUCAGAUUUUUAGAGAAAUGUAUUUGUAGUCCGUGGGUGUAAGAGCCCUACUUCACAGAACAGUGUCCAGUUAGAAAACCCACUGCCUACUAAAUGACGUUUGCAUGUUUCAAGCAAUAAUUUUAAUUGUUGUUUUAGUUUAAGUUUUGGUUGUCUCAUUCCCUCAUUACGAUAAGUUAUUGUGUCCGCAUGUACGAAAUUUCUAAUAGCACGCUUUUUAAAAGAGUUUUGUGGAAAACUUUGUCUUGACCUUAAAACAGUUGUCGUGAAUUAACAAAACUUCAGUAUAAUAUUUCGUAGAAAUGCAAUUUUCAUUACGUUCAUUGUGUGUUCUUCAAUAUUGUACCAAUAAAUUGUAAUACAAAUGCAUUUUUGAAGAAAUACUUUGAACUAUACGAAAAAUAUUUGUUGUGCAAUUUUUCUCUGUAUCAAAUGUAUAUAAAUAUUUAAUAGUUAUUAAGUAUAAUACAGGCAAGAUUAAAAAAAUUACAUAUGAAGUUCCUAUGCUAAUUUAAAUAUAAACACAUUGCACGACGAAUUCUUUAUUAUGCACUGUUUCAAUAAUCAAACCUAUUUAAGCAUAUUCGAUAGAAACAUUGUUAAGCCAAGAAAAGCAUCUUCAGGAUCUUAUUCACUAAGAUCUCGUUAUAGAAUAUCAGCGUAGUGGGGAGAAAAUAAAAAUACGGGUUUAUUUAUUAUAAUAAAUAUCAAUAUGGACAAUACAAAUUCAUAUUUUACUGCUUACGGAGCUUGUCGCUUGGGUCAAAAUGUACCUGUUACCUGUUAGGGGUAAAGUUUGAUUAACGGGUAAACCUAGGAUUACCCGGGUAAACUGCAAAGUAGCCGCGAGGUAUCGGUAAUAUCCGAUACUAAGUCCGAAGUAUAAUUUAAAUACAGAGUUCAAAUUUCGGGCUUUACUUGGGUAAAACACAUUCUACCUGCUGCCACUUGGUUAAUUAAAUGCUUAAUUGGGUGUGCCUAGUAAUGAUAAGGCCGUAACUGUUUAAAAGAUAUCUUAAAUUAAAAAAAAUGCAUUUUACAAAAGUAAGGAGUUUCUGUGUCAUUUGGAGUUACAAAUAAUGUUUCCAGCAGCUUUACAUUUGCAUUUAUUUUAGCAAUACCUCGCAGGUACUUCCCACUUUACCCGGGUAAUCCUAGGUUUACCCGUUAACCUAACUUUACCCAUAACAUAUACAGGGUGUCCAGAAAAUCUACCGAAAAACGAAGACAGGAGAUUCCUCAGAUAAUUUUAAGAUAUUUUAAUCCAAUUAUUCACCUAGUCUGAAAAUGUUUCCUAAGGGAGCUAGAGCUCUUUGAAAAUGACGUCUUGUACCUAAUUAGUUUUUCUUAAAUAACUCAGGAAUACUUCUAUUGAGAAAAACAAUAAUUGGUGUACGUAUUUAUAUUCUAGAGAUAAAUCCAUUCCAUGCAUUGCGAAUUUCUAGUACCGGUCAUAGGCGUCCGUUUUGGGUAGGGCAACAGUUAUUUUAUAGCAUAACUUUUUUAUCUUUAAUUUUUAAGCAUUUUUGACUAUGGAUUAUUAAAUUAUGAGGUCUUCCACAACUAAAAGAUACUCUUGUUUUAAGUCGAUAGGAUACACCGUUUUCUAGAAAAAUCGAUUUGAAAAUUUUGCUUUUUUUGAAUUAAAAAAAAAAACUAUUUAGAAAUCCGAAAAUUGGUACUUUUGUUUAUAUUUCAGAGAUGAAUCGAUUUCAUUUAUUGCGAAUUUCUAGUACAGGUCAUAUGCAUCCGUUUUGGGUAGGUCAACGGUUCGGUUAUUCUAUCGCAUAACAUUUUUAUCUUUAAUUUUUAAGAAUUUUUGACUCUAGAUUAUUAAGUUAUGAGAUAUUCUUGUACUAAAAGUUACUCUUGAUUUAAGUUGGUGACAUACACCGUUUUUUAUUUGAAUUUUUUUUUCAAUUUUUUUUCAAAUUCAAGAAAUGAAAAAUUUUUAAAUCGAUUUUUCUAGAAAACUGUAUGUCUUAUCGACUUAAAGCAAGAGUACCUUUUAGUACCAGAAUACCUCACAAUUUAAUAAUCCAGUGUCAAAAAUGCUUAAUAGUUAAAGACAAAAAAGUUAUGUGAUAAAAUAACCGUUGCCCUAUCCAAAACGGACGCCUAUGAUCGGUACUAAAAAUUCGCAGUAGAUGGAAUCGAUUUAUCUCUGGAAGAUAAAUAUACUUACCGAUUUUCGUUUCUAUAACUUGAAGCGUUCUGGAGGUAUUUAAGAAAAACUAAUUACAAGACGCCAUUUUCAAAGAGCUCUAGCUCCCUUAGGGAGCAUUUUUGGACUAGGUGAAUUGAGCUAAAUUGUCUUAAAAUUAUCUUAAGAAUCUCCUGUCUUCGUUUGUCGGUAGAGUUUCUAGACACCCUGUAUAUAGAUAAAAUUAAAUUAUGGAUUUGAUUGCAAUACGUAGGAGUAAUAUGUAGAAGAAACGAUGAAAAAUAUGGUUCAGUGUUUUAAAAGAGAUAUUUUAAACUAUUUUCACACCUUCCCACAUUUGGUAGACAGAAAAAUAAAUAUAAAUCUCGAAGGACCAGCGACCAAUAAAGUUUAACUGUUUAAUACCGGCAACGCUGCAAUUUCUCGGAGCGGAUAUUUUACAAUAGGUGAGCAUGAAAAUUUUUUAGUUGCUUCUGUAUUGAUUCAUAAUAGCAGGUACUUACAUAUUUUUGCAUUAAGCUCUGAAUUUAAUGAGGUUAAAUAUUUAAUAAAAAUAAAAUUAAAACUUAAAAUCUGCUUCUAAAUGAGAAGCAAAAGACGAAAUUUGAUUGGUGCUUCCAGUUGGGAAGCAAGAGACGAAGGUUGACGUGCGUGUUUCCAGUUGAGAACGAGAGACGAAGUAUUUUAAAGGAGAUAGUUUCGAAUAGUUCGAAUGCAAAGAAAGGCUGACUGGAGCAUACGAUACAGCAGGAACAGACUGAUACCAUAUAGCAGGAAAACGGCACGUCAUGCUGAUCGCGUAAGUCUUAGUCCUUUGAUCCACCAUUAAAAAAAUGUUACCUCCCUUAUGAGACUUUUUUUAUUCAGUUAUUCAUGUCGAACCGGACAACUUUUAUAUUUCGGAAAAUUUUUGGGAGUGGAGAAUUUCGUAAAUAUACAUUUUGUAGACUUUGAAAAGAACAAAAUAUGGACACUUGUGAUAUGAAAAUUAUAUUUAAUCUUUAUUGGGAUCAAACUGCCAAGGUAAAAAUUGACAACCAUAACACCCAAAAUAUCAAAACACAGAGAUGAGUCCGGCAGGGUUGCGUACUGUCCCCACUACUCUUCAAUGUCUACAGUGAAGCAGUAUUUCAAGAAGCGCUCUCAGAUUUAAUAGAAGGUAUAUCUAUCAAUGGAGAAGUUUUGAACAACUUACGUUUUGCAGAUAAUACAGUAAUAAUAUCGAAUAACAACAAUGAUUUACAGAACAUAAUGCAACGCCUUAAUGAACGCUGUCAUGAGUAAGGCCUAAAGAUGAAUUUAAAGAAGACUAGAUGCAUGAUCAUGACUAAAUCGGCAUAUGCAAACAUCCAACUGCCUAUUGAAGAUAGUGUAAUUGAGAGUGUGGGUAACUACAAAUACUUAGGAACAUGGAUAACAUCAAUUGUAGACCAAAUCCUAUUACUUUAUUGUCAUCUUACCUCUAUACAUCCUUAUAGUUCACCCUUCUGUAUACCUAUUUCUUCCAACAGGUAGCUUUCGAGUUUCAUUCCUGCCGUUUGAUAUUGAACAUCCUGAUAAUCGAUGUUUAGUUUUUGCAAGAUUUUCAGUAAAUUCUCGUGGUUAACAUUGUCAAAGGCCUAAGUAUAGUCAAUGAAUUAGACAUACAUAGCUUGGUUGACAUUUGAGCACCUCUGUGCCAGUCCAUUAAACGCAAACAAUACAAGAACUGACAUGAACUCAGAUGUUAUAUCCAAUGAAGUAUUUUUGUUGGCUUAGCAUUUCAAAUAAUUUUUUUUGUAGCUGAAAUUUUUAUUUCGUUAAUAGAGUACUUACAAUUUCAUGGAACAGUCAAAUAUGUUAAGUAAGUAUAGGCAAUGUCAGUAAACUUUUUUAAUAUACUUUAAAUCUAUAAACAAAUUAUUGCGAAAUACUAUAGGACUACCAAAGUCAUGUGUCUAUAUCUCUACCUUUAGAUUUUUGUCUGUUAUAUUUUCUCCUUAGUUUUGGAAGAUUUUUUAAAGGUACGAUCUCUCAUGUUAGCAUUACAUAAUUGGUGCCACCCCUAGAAUUCGCCGAAUAUACUUUUAUCCUUUGAAUCAGUUGAAUUUUGAAUAGUCACGUGAAUCUCUCUGUCACAGAAAACACCAAUAAGCUUCCUUCACUUCAUCCAUCCCAUCCUAAUUCUACUGCAUGAAUCUCUAUCUAUUUCCCUACUACUCUGUAAUACUGAUGCUAGGUACUUAAAUUAUUAUGACUUUUCACAAUCAUUUUACCACUCAUUUACUCCCUCCUUAAAUGAACAUUCCAAAUAUUUUUGUGUUACUAAACCUUCUUCCUCGAGAGCUUUUCUCCACUGUUUCAGUUUUUGUUCUAAAUCUAUUUUAUUAUUUCCUACUAACACUACAUCAUCACUAUAAAUUAAGCACCAGGGAAUGUUAUCCCAUAGCUUUCGUGUUAUGUCAUCCAGCACCAGAAUAAAUAAAGUUUAAGUAUCGAGUUCGGGCGCAAUCCUACUUACUCAUGAAAUAUAUCAGUCUCUUUCACACAUAUCCUAACACUAGUUGUUUCUCUCUCAUAUAUGUCUAUCACGUCAUCAUCAUCAUCAAUGGUGCUAGAACUCUUCGUGAGUCUUUGCCGCGUUUACCAUUGCCUUCCAUGUUUGUCGGUCCUGUACCACUAAUUCCCAUUGUCACACUCCCAUUUUCUCUAGAUCUUCUUUGACUGCAUCUUUCCAUCUUUUUCUAGGCCGCACUACAGACCUUCUUCCAUCUGGCCUUUCCCAGAACACAUUGUUUAUAAGGCGAUUGUCGUUACUGCGUAUCAGAUGCCCUGCCCAUCUGAGUCUUAGCCUUUAUAUAAUAUCUGACUAGAUUUUCUUUUCCGAAUAGAGACUCUAGCUCGUUAUUGUAUCUGCGCCUCCAUUCGUUUGUCACGCUGUCUCUGCAAGAGCCAUAUAUCAUUCUAAGGAUUUUACGUUCCCACACCAGCAAUUUAUUUACUUCUCUUUUUGGUAGCGUCCAUGAUUCGCUUCCAUACGCGACUGCUGGUCGUAUUAUGGUCUUAUAUAUCUGGAUUUUUGCACCUCGUGAAAGAAGUUUUGACUUCACUAGAUGUUUCAUUGCAAAGAAAGAUCUGUUUCCUGCCAUUAAUCGCGUUUUAACUUCUCGCUCUAAUUUGUUGUCAUUUGUGAUUGUUGCUCCUAGAUAUUUAAAUUCUUUAACCACUUCGAAGUUAUGAUUGUUUAUAAUAAUAUUUUGCCUUAUUCGCCGUCGUUCUUGUUUUGAGACGACCAUAUAUUUUGUUUUGUCUUCAUUUAUUUUUAGACCGAUGUUUAAUGCAGCUUCUUCAAAGCUCGAGAAAAUAGCCUUAAUUUCUAAUAUUUAUUGUGCUACUGCGUCUAUAUGUCUAUCACAAUCUGUACAUAUUCGCUGGGAAUUCCUUUCUUAUUCAGCGCCCACCACAGAAUCUCGGGAGGAAUAUGCAUUCUCAAGAUCAACGAGUGUUUGCUUCUUAAUUCCGGUAAUUUUCCAUCAGAUGUCUCAUAAUGAAAUCUUAUAAAUUUCAAUAUUAAAUUUUUAUCAAAUAUUUGCUUCACAGAGUGUUUCACUGUUUAAGGCGCUUGUCAGGUUAACUCUACGCAUCGUGGGUAAUAAUUUUAUUCAUAAUUCAACAUGUUUACCGCGGGAGAUUUUUUGACAAUAUCGUUACACUUGUUAAACAGUAUAGCUAUUUGUUCAAACAUAAAAGAACAUAAUUUUCUAUUUCUAAGCCAUGUUCUAGCAUGUUUCAAUUUUAUGUCUCUGGAAAUUCGCCAUUUACCCUCCUCCUAAGCUGCAUACCUACAGCACAACUAUUGUACACCAUUCUUUAUCCAGUGUUAUCGAUGAUAUUGUAAAGGUAUUUCAAUAUAUAGAACUGUUAAAUAGUAAGUAAAUAAUAUAUAUUAUUUAUUAGUUAUUAGUAUCUUCAAUCUUAAAUUUAUAUUUUUAUCUAUACCUAUUUGAUGAGGAAAGGUUUGGUAAUUCUGUCAAAAAACUUUAAUUUUGGUCUUCAGACCCUUUACCCCAAUACACGUAGACCUAUAUAAAAAAAUAACAAAAUUUGUUUUUGAAAAAUUUAAUAUGUACAAGAUAUUUACUUUGUUACCUAAAAAAUGUUAAGAAAAAUUUUCUGACAUUGCUAUUGACUUUAACUUCCAUUAUCAUAUUAUCUAAUUAAGAAACCAAAGGAUGACCUUUUAAUUCGAAAACUACUUAAAAAUAAAUAAUCAAUAGUUUUUGAUUUAAAGACUUUUCAAUGUUUACAGUUUGUAUAUAUUUUGUUACAUUGUUCGCGUACUUUUCACCUAGUCUCUCUGGCUCAGUUCUGUUUUCAUUAGUGAUAUUAAACUUGAUAGUAAAAUAAAAAGAUACAAGGAUACAAAUUCGCGAAUUCCAAAUUGUCAUUUAAUGUAAAACUGGAAAACAAUGUCCAAGUUAUAUCCUUAAAAUUAAUCAGUCAAAUAUUAGAGAUUCUUAUUAUACGAGGGGUGUAUUAUUUCUAAUACACCAUUUUUGAUUGUCAACAAGAAUAUUAAAUUUUAUCAUAUUUUUCUAAUUUUAAUGACACAACAUGCGGGUGUAUGUUCAUAUUAUACCCGUACCAGGUAUCUAAUAGACUCAUUAAUAUUCAGCUUAGCAAGGUGCUAUUGUUGGAGGUGUGAAAUUACAAAAACAAGGGAUUAGGUUUUAUUUCAUAAAACAGGUAGGUCUAUUGUUUGAUUGGUAAACCCUAGAUUGGUAAAGCCAAGACCUAGUGUUGAUUACCUGUGGACAAAAUAAAUACAAAUGGAGAUCGGGCAGUCCAAUCAAUACUCGGCCCGGUAAGGAACGGCUCAGUAAUUAAUCAAUACUAAAUCGCUGCGACAGGAUAGUUUGGCCUUAAAUUAAUACGUUAAGAGCCCGGUUGGCCUCCAGGCAAUAUCUGUCGGCCAGUUGAGCUCUUGCCAGAUAAAUUAUCUGGUAAAAUUAUCCUUGUUGCGGCGAAGCUCCUUUUAUAUCAUUCUCCGAAGGUGUAGCCGAAGUAAUUUAGGUGCGAUUUGGUAUGGUUCUAUGUUCUGUCGAAGACAAGCGUAGAAUUCUUCUGUACACUCACAUUUCAAAGAUUCUCACCAAGCAAAUAAGGGCAUUGACCAACGUGAGCUUAGUAUUUCUUGUUACUGUUCGGUCUUUUCAUAUUUUAAUUAAUUUACUGUUGCCAUUCGAGUCAUUGCUAGUCUACACUUCUCCACUUGGUGUAUGUUCGGUAUUAUUUUUUGCCCUAUCUACCUAAUUAUUUUUGUUUAUCCGGUGUUGAUUUUAAAAGUCCAAAUACUUUGCUUACCUCAGUCUCUGUUAGUACAAGUGUCAUAUGUGUAUCCCAGGUUACUGAAUUUUUUAUCACCUAUAGCGAUUCCUACAGCCCAUUCGUCUACCCUUAUUAUACAGGGUGUCCCGAAAAGAUUGGUCAUAAAUUAUACCACAGAUUCUGGGGUCAAAAAUAGGUUGAUUGAAGCUCACUUACUUAUAUACAAUAGUGCACACAAAAAAGUUACAGCCCUUUGAAGUUACAAAAUGAAAAUCAAUUGUCUUUCAUAUAUCUAAAACUCUUAGAGAUUUUUCAUUGAAAAUGGACAUGUGGCAUUCUUAUGGCAGCAGCAUCUUAAAUAAAAAAUAAAGUAAAAUUUGUGUACCCCAUAAAAAUUUUAUGGGGAUUUUGUUCCCUUAAACCCCCCCAAACUUUUGUGUAUGUUUCAAUUUAAUUAUUAGUGUGGCACCAUUAGUUAAACACACUGUUUUUAAAACAUUUUUGCCUCUUAGGACUUUUUCGAUAAGCCAAUGUUUAUCGAAAUAUUUUGAAUAUUUAUCGAAUCCACCACAUAUUUGUAUAUGUACGAUUAUAGAGACCUGUUAAUAAUCUGAAAAUGUAUUUAUAAUUUACAUUUUUAGGUAUAUUUUGAAAAAUAAGCCACAUCUCGAUAAUAUGUGACUUAUCAAAAAAAGUCCAAGAGGCAAAAAAGUUUUAAAAACAUUGUGUUUAACUAAUGGUACCACAAUAAUAGUUUAAUUGGAACGUACAGGGGGUACAAGUAUAAUUGUACCCCCGAAUUGUACAUUUGGGGGGUUUAAAGGAACAAAACUCCCAUAAAUUUUUUAUGUAAAUAUAUUAAAAAAGAAGCCGCAUCUCGAUAAAAACUCGUUUAUCGAAAAAAUAUUAAGAGGCAAAAAAGUUUUAAAAACGUUGUGGUUAACUAAUGGUACCACAAUAAUGAAUUAAUUGGAACGUACACAAAAGUUUGGGAGGGGGGUUUAAGGCAUCAAAACCUCCAUAAAAUUUUUAUGGGGUGGACAAAUCUCACUAUAAUUUUGUUUUAAGAUGAUCCUGACAUAAGAAUGUUACAUGUCCAUUUUCAAUACAAAAUCUAUAAUAGUUUUCAAUAUAUUGAAAAAAUCGAUUUUCAUUUUGUACCUUCAAAGGGCUGUAACUUUUUUUAUGAACACAUUUGUACUAAGGUAAGUUAGGUUCAAUCGAACUAUUUUUGACUCCAGAAUGUAUGGUAUAUUUAAUAACCAAUCUUUUCGGGACACCCUGUAUAUUCAGAACAUAUAAUAAUGCUGUUUUUAUAUAGUUAAGUUUCAAAUCAAUUUAACGAGUACUGAACUCCUCUCCGAAAGUAAAUAAAAAUGAACUAAGAAUUUAUUUACAUUUUCAAAAUAGAUGAUUUGGAAUUCCGUGGAAGGUAUAUUCGUAAACCUUAUCAUGAGGUAAAUGAUAAAAUAUUAAUUAAAAUAUGUGAUGUUUUCAUAAAGUAAAAUGCUUAGAGGUUCACAAAGAGAGUUGAGCUUUUCCAAAAAAUUAAUGUAGUACAAAAAUAUAAACAUCAAAAAUUAGCGGUUUAGCGUAGGUUAUUUUUAAGAGUCCAAAGAUUUUUUAUUUAGAAAAUGUUUGUAUAAAAAUUGUAUUGUUUUUACAUAUGAUAUAUCUGUAUCCAUAAAUACACGUUUCUUUUCAUUGUUUCUUUA